GCACGGAGGCUCGGGAGAACUGCCACCGGAGUGCGAGGACACCCGCGGGUCGGAGAGAUUAGUCGGUGUUGCUGUUGCGUGGAUGACUUGUCGUUCCGCCGGAGCAUUUUAGAGCUGAGCAAAGCCGGCGCCAGAUUGGCGCUGAUUAAAACUACCGGUUUUGACUCCCGGCUUCCCAGCUGAGCCAUGUAAAGGAUUGGCGAGCCAACAAAGCCAGACCGUGGGUCCGCAGAGGGUUUUUCCAUGUGGACUUACACCGUUAGAAUAUCGAAUUCUACAGCUGCUCCAAGUAGUUGUUUGCAGUCCAGAUUAUAUGGCAUAGCUCUUGUGUUCUAGGAUGGUUUCUAACCAAGUCUGGUCCACGAUUACAAAAUACGCCCCAACACCUUAUAACUCAUCCAAUAACUCGGUGGGUAAGCGAUGAAAGUUGUCCUUAGGCUCCGAACAAGCGCCGCUAAGUGAAACUCAAUGUGAUGUACUUAUCUUGAUGUCAAACAAGGGUAUGGAUUGAACAAGUUAAACUACCAUAUUACUGUAUCUAAUAUAUUGUUUCUAAGGAGCUGCAGUCAAUUAUGUCCAAAUAAACAUCUGCCAACAGCGCCGAGGUCGAGCACGUGAUAUUGUUGCCUAAUUCACGUCUUACAUCUCCAUAAGCGCGAAAUAAUAUCUGUCGUCCACUAUCAGUCUCAUGGAUAAAGAUCGCCAUGACUCGUCUCCAAGAUCUCCCUAACGAGAUCCUCACGACUAUCUUCACACAUCUCUCUGACAUCAGUCACUACGGCAUCUUCAACGUCACUCUCGUCAACAAGCAUUUCAACCAGCUCGCGAGUCCUCUUCGCGUUCGGCACUGGAACGAUGAAGGAGACUAUGGCUACUACGACGGCGAAGCGCCAUGUCCACCAAUCUCAAGUCUAGCGCUCGAACUCUUGCGCCAUCCUGAAUAUCGUCUACAAGUCAAGACUCUAUCGUUUUCAUAUUUCCAAAAUAGUGGUGAUCGCGACGCGGCUCGCGUUCACACGAAACACGAUAUUGAGAACCUCCAGAUGCUUGCAUGGGCAGCUGAAGAAGUGGUCCCGACACUCGCCGAGUCAACAUAUCUAUGUGCCCGGAUUCUUGAGGAUAGUGAUGACGCCAUUGCUGUUCUCGUCCUGGCUUGGGCGACUAAUCUGACAAGCCUCAGCGUGACGAUUCCAGACUUUGAUCCAACGCCAGGAUAUGAUGAGGGUCCUCUUAUUCUCCGCUUUGCAAAACAACUAGCUCUUCGUUUUGACAGUAAGGACCUCAAACCUAGUGCACCGCUACCACUGGCCAAGCUUCGAGAACUGGAGUUUCGACACGAGAGUAUCGAAAGUAUUAUCGGGCUCAAGUAUCUGACGCCGUUUCUCUAUCUUCCCAAUCUCAAGAACCUCAAAACGUACCGACUUGGCGAUCAAGAGUACAACGAUCUUGAGGACAGCGUUCAGAACUAUAUCAAAGACAAAUAUUGCAUGCCAUUUCCGAAGGGGACCUCGUCUAUUGAGUAUAUCACUAUUAAAGAAACGACCUUGACGAGUGAUGGACUGUCAGAUCUUCUCGGUUCUUGUAGCAAGUUGAAAUAUUUCCACCUUCACUUCCCAUUCGAUCUCGAUGAGGAUAAUAAGCGGAAUUGGACGACACUUGCUAAGAGCCUGGUUCGUCAAGCAGCAUCUCUUGAGGAGUUGGAUCUGUGUGUUGAUAACGGUGAUGUUGAGUGGGUGGGGGAUGCUGUUGACGAUGGGGCAGGCGGUUUUAAGCCCAUCGAUUUCGAAGAUUGCUACCGCCAACUUACCAAUCUCAAAGCCCUCAGGGUCCCUAUGCCUCAACUAUCUGGUCACUACCACUGGCAGCGUUUAGGGUCUCUAGAGUUACGUCCUGUGCGGUUACCAGAAUCUCUCCAGCGUCUCAGGCUCUUGGAUAUCAACUUGUGGUCUAGCGCGCGACUUCUCUCCGACCAUGAGAUCGCACCCUUCUUGGACUUUGUUCUUAAUGUCGUUAAGGAAACGGGACCACAAGGGCGAUUGAAAAAUCUUCAGAUAUUGGAUUGCUCUAAAGCAAUUUGGGACGAUCCGAGAAAAAGAACGUUGCAAGAAAUCAAGGAUGUGGCAGAAGAGCGCGGGGUUAAUAUUCUCCUUGACUCACGGAAAAGUGACAGAAAGGGGCCGAUUAUUUGGGUAUGAAUGCAAAUAAAUUACUCAUCAGGUCCAUAAUCUAGGUUGUUUAUAUAUCUUACAAGCUGAGAACCAAG